AUGUAGUUGGAUUGAUAAAAAAUAUUAGGAAAAUAAGAUCAAAAAAGAUCAUGGUUUGUUGUUGUUAUAGUAUCAUAGUCUCACACUGAAAGAUCUGUUUAAGGCCACCAUGUAUAAUAAAAGCUUUGGGUCCAAUUCCAUAUUUUGGUCACUCACAUGACCUGUAGUUGGACUUUUUGGAGUCUCUGUGCCUUCACAGUAGCUGUAACGGUUUAGUGUACAUCCAUAUUACUUUGUGUUAAUUUAGCUGGCUUUAUAUGAGCCUACAAACUAGUAACUCAGUAAGCCCUGCUGCAUAUACUUUUGAAUUUUUAUUCAAUUUGAAAUUUAAACACAGCACUAGUAAUAAUACAAUGGAACUUUUCUAAAAGUACUGUUUUAAAAUGUAUGUGCAUUGUUACAUUUUUCUUUUAACAGAGGAAUUGUAGUAUGUUAAUUAAUUUACAGAGAACUGUAGUAAUAAACGGCAAUUUAAACAUGAACUGUUUAAUUGUUCAUAUUAAAUGUAGUAUUAGUGAAUAAUGCGAGACACUGAGCUACCUUUAAACACAAACUCUGAGCUGCCCUUCAAUCCCAAACGUGUUAAUUGAUCGCCCCGCCCCCUGCCCUCGACCUGCCCUCGACCUGCACUCUUGUUAAGAUGACGGAGGAGAGUGGCGGCGGCCUGGAGCGGUUCAAGAGAAGACUGGAGCGACUACGAGCUCAUCAUAAUCGAUGCGCAGCCUUUACAGAGCGGGUAAUGAUGGAAGGAAAGUCAACACAGCAAGGCACUGAGACCUUGAGAGGGAAGAACCUUAACAUGCUUCAUCCUUCAGUAUGUGGUGACAGUCCCACAUCAACUUCUGUUUCACAGAGAAAAACAAAAAAAGGAGUCAAGAGAGGAAGAGAGGUCGAUGAGGACGGGUUUUCAGACCUCUUUUCCCCCAAGAAAAAGCCUGCCCAAAGCAGCGAGGACGGAGACUCGGAUGUGGAUGAUCAGAGCCGGAGAGCAAGCCAGGCCAACAGGCCCUCUCCGAAGAGAAAAAAAAGAGGAAACCCAACAACCAAAUCGAAGGAAACAUCCAGGAUAAUCAUGAAAAGAACGUGGCAAGAAGAAGAAAGAAGAGCUGUAAAUAAGCGAUUGGGAAAAUUCAUGGCGGAGCACCGGGUUCCGGGAAAACUUGACUGUGUAAAGUGUCUUGAAGAGGAAGAGGCACUGAAGGACAGAACUUGGAAGGAUAUCAAAUAUUUUGUUCAUAAUACAAUUGUAACUCUCAAAAGAAGGUCUGCUGCAAGAAAAAUCAUGUUCUAAUAAAUACAUUGAUUAAUUAAA